CACGGAACCGUUUAAUAGUGUACUCACAUGGUGCGGAUGAGUAUCGAAACAUUUUAUUAGUAAAUAUUUCAGGAUUAACGAAUAUUUUUCACUUUCCUUUUUCAGGAUUGCCCUAUACAGUCUCCUAGAACCGGCACACCCAUAUAGGUGUGAAAAUCUCCAGGAAGGAUGAUGCGCUACUGGGGCGAACUCCCGGUUGCAUCAGCCCCUCCAGGCCGGAGCUCUUUUGACCUUCUGCAGCGAGAAUUUCGGCAGGUGGAGAUGCAAGACCCUCCCCUGCACCAGCCGUCAGCGCAAAGGCCACGGCCCACCACCAUGCUGGACAUCCCCUCAGAGCCCUGCAGCCUGACCAUCCAUACGGUGCAGCUUAGCCAGCAUGCCCGACGCCUCCGCAGCCUUCUCACUGCAGCUCAACUGGGCCAGCAGCCUCACGCAGCUGUAUCUGAUGCUCAAGGCCUUCUCAGACCAGAGGAUGUGGAGUCACUACCCCCACGACCGGUCACUCCAGCAGCACCAGAUGACCUGCUGCCUCUGGACAGCAAAGCUCCUUGUGAACCUUUCCAGCUGCGGCACAGCGACCCAGAGAGUGACUUCUACAAAGGUGAAGGAGAGCCGGUGACAGAGCUGAGCUGGCCCUCCUGCCGUCAACUUCUCUACCAGUCAGUUGCUACAGUGUUGGCCCACGCUGGCUUUGAGUCAGCAAAUGAGAGUGUGCUGGAGACCCUGACUGACCUAGUCCAUGAGCAUUACCUUCGGCUGACCCGACUCCUGCGCGUAGCUGUGGACCGUGAGGCUCGUCUGGGUUCCACCCCAUUCCCUGAUGUGGUGGAGCAAGUCUUCCAUGAGGUGGGCAUUGGCAGCGUUCUCGCCUUGCAGCGCUUUUGGCAGGUCCGCAUCAAAGACUACCACAGCUACAUGCUUCAGGUUAGUAAAGAGCUCUCAGAGGAGUACGAGAGAUUGGUGAACCCAGAAAAGGCUCUGGAAGACUCCAAACCGCUCAAGGUUAAAGAGGAACCCAUGAGUGACAUUGCCUUUCCUCUGAGUGAAGAGCCAGAAGCAGAUCUAGCCUCAGGGGACCAGGCUCUCCCCAUCGGGGUGCUGGGGACAUCCAGUGAAAGACUAGCAGGGGGUCUGGAGGAGGGACAGUCCCCUCACACCACAGGACCAGCAGGAAACAGUUCCCCCUUGUGGCAGCUGGCCCAGGUGAAGAUGGAGCCGCAGGAUGGUGAGGAGGGCCAGGUGUCGGGUCAUGGGGUUCUGGGUGGUGACGUGUUCGAGGAGGGACCGAUGUCCACCAUGAGUGAGUCAGGUAUGGCUCCGUCACCCGGCGGCUCAGACGGCAGCUACGGCUCUCACUCUCCAGACUCGUUGAUGGGCACCUCUCCUUUCAACCAGCGCCCCAAGAAGCGAAUGAGAAAAGUAUGAUUGUGUAUAGAAGGACUAAUGGAGCAUUUAAGAUGUUUGUGUGAGCAAUGAACAUUUCUUUUGUGACAUUUUGUGUUUUGUCCAGCAGACAGUGGAUUGGAUAUGUGUGUGAGAGACUGUGGUUAAAUGACAUUGAGAGAAAGAAGGAGAGCAGGUAUUCUCAGGCAAUUGGCUGCUGGUCACUGUUUUACCCACUUACUCUGUUGGGCAAUUACUUGUUUGGCGUGGUAAAAUUAGCAUCUGUUUAUUGUAAUGAAACGAUCCAGGAAUCACAACAUGGGGAGUAAUUAUAGCCUGACGUCUGCUUCAAAACACACAGGGACAUCAAUCAAAGUAUAAUGGCAAAUUAAUUACAGCGCACAUAAAUCUGCAUAUUAAGUAAGCAGGGCUUUUUGGUACCUGUUAGCAUUUUUUCAGUUGUCACAGUGGAUGCAGACUGUUGUCUCCAGGCCACCUGCAGAAGAAAAAAACAGCAGCGCUGCGGCUAGAUGUUAGCCUACCCAAUUACACUGGCAACCUGUGAUACCAUCACAAUUCAAUUAGGGCAGAAAAUAACAGGUGAGUUUUUCAGUUUAAUCUGAUGUUGGCUUUCGACUGCAGUUUUGAAACUGUCUCAUGUUAAUAUGUCUGUUGUUUGACUUGCAAGCUGUGCUUUUGUCAACAAGAGAGUACCUUCCUUUUGGAGCUCAAAGCAUCCUCUAUUUGUAUCGUAUCAGUCCAUCCAAAGCCUAGGAUCAAGUGUUAAACAGAUAAUGAGGGGGUACCAAGCAGCAAGUUAUUGAUUCAUUUUCGCUGCUGGCCUAAAGCCUGUAUAAUUUAUAGACUAUUUGAAUUAGUACAGAUUGUGUGUAUUAUAUUGAUAGUGGGUCUGUUUUGUUACGUUUGUAUGUAAAUGUUAUUUUACAGAGUAAAAAGACUUUUAGAAAUUCA